CAAUUCCCCUAUCAGCAAAAUGGUACAGCCCGACGGUUUCCAAGAUGUCCCUGCUGUGCUGAUCACCUUGUAGGAUCGGAUUACGUUCAAGUUUAAGCCGUAAUCUGAGCUUGUCACGAAUCUAUGGACCUUAGAAUUUCUCAAGCAGCAACUUAAGCACGUUCCUGAUGUAGUGGUUCAAGAUUUUGCGCGAAAAAGGAGGAAUUGGAGCCAGAUUUUAGGGACUCGAAUGUGGAGUUGUUUUUACCACCCUACCUGGACCCCCGCCAUCUUGUCAUGUUUGCUUCCAACAAGAACUAAACAGCGAUGUUUCUCCGCUUUCUGUGGUUCCUUGUGGUGAUUUUAGCCAACUUGUGUUGCACAAGUCUAGCAGACCCCUGCAGUGACAGCGGGCUUCGGUACUGCGAGGUUCUCAAGCCGUACGUGUCGUCGCCACGGCAACUGUCGCUGGAGCUGCUGCCCGGAGACAACGUCACCCUCACCUGUGUGGCAGAACAGCACCUGGGACUGAAUGCAGCAGGCUCGAUAUGGAUGGGAUGGUUCAAGGACAACACCACGGGGUCCGUCCGCCUGGGUAGAUUCACCUACAGCGCCAAGAACGCCUUCAACUACAGCUCGAGUUACACCCUGUCGAACGUACGGCCUCACGACAGCGGCACGUUCAUCUGCCAGGCCAAGUCCACAGGGAAUCUCAUCCGGGGAAACGCGACAGGCGUUCACGUCAUGGUGGCAGAGCCCCAGCUGGAAACCCCCAACAUCACAUCAGACACGCCCGACCCCAACUCCGUUGACCUUGAAGCGAACGUAACACUCUGGUGUGAGACCCUAGCCUAUCCCCAUCCUCUCUUCAACUGGACCAAGGACGGGAAGGUUCUACCCACCAAUCACAGUACUGCAACAGAUCACAUGACCAUCAGAAAGUUCAGCCAAUCAGACGAGGGAUUGUAUGGCUGUGUUGCGUGGAACGUUUUGGGAGAGAAACAUUCGCUGCAGCUGCAGUUAACAGCCAAACCCCCAGAUGGAGGAUUCCCAGAGCUGUGGAGCAUUGUAAUUGCAGCAGGAUCCUUUGUGUUUGUGUUCAUUGUUGUCAGUGUUCCUGUCACUGUCUUCAUCUACCGCAGAAGACGGCAGUGGAAACAUUGCCCACUUAACAGUGAAAGUGAUAUGGAAGAAGGAGACGCGAGUGAAAGUGUUGACAACUUAUCAAAAGAAUACGACUUCAGUGCUCUCUGCUGUGAGAAAGACAAAUCCUGGACCAAGACGGACAUCGUAAACAAACUGGAAAAAACGGGACGAAAAGGCUACUUCAACUUCAGAGACGAAGUAGGCGGUGGCAGUGUGUUUCAGUAUCUAAGCGUCGGUAUAGCAAAUAGUAGAAACGUCAUAGUAGUCUUUUCCCCGUCAGCAGUUGACGAUGACUGGUUCCACUGGUUCAGAAAAGGCUACCAGACUGCGGUGGCAGAAAAACUUGAUAGAAACUUUACGGGACAAGUGAUUCCUGUAUUGCUGAAUGGCUGCAAAAGAAGCCAGUUACCAGUGGAGCUGAAAGACACUGUGGCUCUGGAUGCUGAGGAGCCGAAGUUUUUCGAGAGAUUGCAGAGAAGUCUGUCGAAAGACAGUGACUACGAAUCGGCCAGGCCGUCAUCUGCGUCUUCUGAAGAGUCCAUCGAGGACAGAAUAAGUGUGGUUUGA